GGGGGCGGAGCCUGUGAUGACGCAAGGAGGGUCAGCUGUAGAGUGACCGGAUCUGGCUCAUUUCUCCCUCAGAGGCCGGUUCGAGCGGACCUUUCGCGAGGGCUCCUUGCUGCUAGUGCUUUUCGGCCUUGCCUUCGCUUCCACCAUGGCGCUCAGCGAUGCCGACGUCCAGAAACAGAUCAAGCACAUGAUGGCUUUCAUAGAACAGGAAGCCAAUGAAAAGGCAGAAGAAAUAGAUGCUAAGGCGGAAGAAGAAUUCAACAUUGAGAAAGGUCGUUUGGUCCAAACGCAGAGACUGAAAAUCAUGGAGUACUAUGAGAAGAAAGAGAAACAAAUUGAACAGCAGAAGAAAAUUCAGAUGUCCAACCUGAUGAAUCAGGCAAGACUGAAGGUCCUCAAAGCCAGGGAUGAUCUGAUUGCAGAUUUACUGAGUGAAGCUAAGCAGAGACUGACGAAAGUAGUAAAGGAUUCUGGCAGGUAUCAAACUCUGCUGGAUGGUUUGAUUCUACAGGGGUUUUAUCAAUUACUUGAGCCUAAAAUGACGGUUCGUUGUCGAAAGCAGGAUCUUCCUUUGGUUAGGAAUGCUAUCCAGAAGAGCAUCCCAAUUUAUAAAGCUGCCACCAAGAAAGAAAUUGAUGUUCAAAUUGAUCAGGACACAUUUCUCCCCGAGGACAUUGCUGGAGGUGUUGAAAUCUAUAACAGUGAUGGCAAAAUUAAAGUUUCCAAUACUCUGGAAAGCCGUCUGGAUCUGAUGGCCCAGCAGAUGAUGCCAGAGGUCCGAACGGCACUUUUUGGUGCCAACAGCAACCGGAAAUUCUCAGACUAAAUUCCUUGAUGGUGGAGCCUCUUCCAUUGCCAUAGUGAAGUGAGAUGCAUAGCACCUCAGUGAAAAAAAAACUUGCAAUAUAUCCAGGUCUAUA